CACACUGUUCACGAAGAAGCGUGAUCGAACGAAGCAAUCCGGAAUCCGUCCGAUGAUUCGAGGUUUUUAGUGAUUGAAAAAAUUAACAAGGUAUUUUAGGUUAACUUCGUACUUCGUAUACAAACAUUAUAUCCACCAAACUGAAACGCAAAGAAUUUUGUUGCAGCUCGAUGGACGACCUUUUUUUAAGCAAUUUAAAUCAACAUUUAGAGGGAAUAUUAAUUCCCCAUGAUGGUGAUAAAAUUUACAAAGAAGAGUGUGUGUUCUCUUUUGACACACCGGAAAGUGAGACUGGCCUGUAUGUUUGUCUAAAAACAUUUCUUGGAUUUGGCCGGGAACAUGUGGAAAGAAGUUUUUCAAGAACAGGAAACCCUGUAUUCCUGCACAUUCGCAGAGAGAAAACCGAGGUGAAGCCAACGACAGUAGCGGGUGAUGGGCCUGAGAAGAAGGUGACUCGUCUUGCUAUUGGAGUUGAGGGGGGCUUCAACGCUGAUGUUGGCCGCCAGUUUGAGACUAAAGAGACUUACAGCCUCGUCAUCGUGCCCAAGUUCCUUACACUAGAGUGGCCUAAUAAUAACUUGCCUUUGGUGGUACAACAGAGUGUCCAAGGUAUACUGGACGCAGAGUCUGCCACUAAACUUGCAGAAUUGGAAGCGUUGGCAGGGACUUGGGAUGGAGAGGUUCGCCGAGUUUCAAGGCAUGCGGAGAACCUCCUCCAGUUGGACAACGGAAUUAAAAUCCCUCCAAGCGGAUGGCAAUGUUCCAAGUGUGACCUCAACAGCAACUUGUGGCUCAACCUUACUGACGGUACGAUCCUGUGUGGCCGUAAGUUCUACGACGGCACUGGUGGCAACGACCAUGCUGUGCAUCAUUACAAGGAUACUGGAUAUCCGUUGGCGGUAAAGCUAGGAACGAUAACCAAGGAUGGCAAGGGUGACGUCUGGAGUUAUGUAGAGGAUGAUAUGGUGGAAGAUCCUUAUUUGGUCAAACAUCUGGCGCACUGGGGGAUCAACGCUGCUGUACUUGAAAAGACAGACAAGUCCAUGAUAGAGCUGGAACUGGACUGUAACCAGAGGCUGGGGGAAUGGUCAGCACUGCAGGAGUCCAAUAGCGAACUGAGACCUCUCUACGGUCCUGGGUACACUGGACUUAUCAACCUUGGAAACUCCUGCUACUUCAACAGUGUCAUGCAAGUCGUCUUCUUCGUUCAGGACUUUGUACAGAGAUACGUUGAAGCAGCUCCUACAGUAUUCGGGAAUUCUCCACCCAAUCCAGCCACUGACUUCCAUGUUCAAAUGGCUAAACUGGGAUGUGGUCUACUCUCUGGGAAGUACUCCGAGCCACCUCCUGAGUCCUCCAAGGAUAAAUACUCUAAAGGGAUAUCUCCGCACAUGUUUAAGAACCUGGUUUGCAAAGGCCACCCGGAUUUCUCCACCAAACACCAACAGGAUGCGCAGGAGUUCUUUCUACACUUCAUCACAACUCUGCAAAGAAACUGCCGACUGACAGGACCAGAUCCCAGUGAGUGCUUCAAGUUCCAGGUGGAGGACCGGUUCGUCUGUCAGGGCAGUGGUAAGGUGAAGGUGAGUCAUCGCACCGAGUACUGCCUGCCACUGCCUAUCCCUACGGAUGCUGCGGAGAACAUUGCGGAAGUGGCGGAGUGGCGGAAACGCAAAGAUGAGGCAGAAGCCAGUGGUCUUCGGUUAGAUCCCAAUGAUGAAGUCAGGCUCAAGCUGAGACUGUCUAACUGCCUUGAAGCUUUUGCCAAAGAAGAAAUCGUUGAGCAAUUUUUCAGCACUGCCCUCAAUGCAAAAACCACUGCCAAAAAGACGACACGACUGGCGACGUUUCCAGACUAUCUAUUGCUGCACCUAAAGAAGUUCACAAUGCGUGAGGAUUGGACUCCGAUAAAGCUUGAUGUCGCUGUGGAUAUGCCUGACACCGUGGACCUGUCUGCACUGAGAGGCCAAGGGCUAAGGGAGGGUGAAGAGCCACUGCCGGACCUCCAGGGAGACCCUCCCCCAGUCCAAUUGAACAAGGAGAUAGUCCAGAGCCUGAUGGAAAUGGGCUUUCCCCUGGAGAGUAGUAAGAAGGCAGCGUAUUUCACGCUGAAUCAGGGGCUCGAGCAGGCCACCGAUUGGAUCAUGGAACACAUCGGCGAUUCUGACUUUGCUGACCCCUUCGUGCCGCCAGGGAUGAAUAAAUCGUCCUCUCAAGCUUUCACACCCAACGAGGAAGCAGUGGAGAUGAUUGGGAACAUGGGAUUCAGCCGAGCACAAGCUGUGAAGGCGCUGAAAGCCACCGACAACAACGUGGAGCGUGCAAUUGACUGGAUCUUCAGCCACGCGGCCGAAUUGGACAGUUCGGGUCAAGACAGUCCCCCGGCUGCACCUGAGUUUCGUGAUGGCAACGGAGUUUACAAACUGGUUGCAUUCAUAUCACACAUGGGUUCGUCCACAAUGGUUGGUCACUAUGUGUGUCACAUACUGCGUGAUGGGCACUGGGUCAUAUACAAUGACGAGAAGGUUGCGCUUUCCGAGAAUCCUCCUCAACAACUCGGCUACCUAUAUCUGUACCGUCGAGUUUAACCCACAAAAUACGCAAUCAGUUUGUAAAUGUAAGAAUGUUCUCAAUUCGGCUAGUUCUACGGUCACCUAUUGGUCAGCCGAAUUUCCAAAACUUUGAGUGAGCCUGUGAUUUGUAAAAAACCUAGUUCCGGUGAAUUAAAUAUCAUAGAAAUUUUAUGACUAUACUUUAUAAAUAUACAAUAUUUUAUGUGUUUGUGGGUUAUAACCUAUAAGAAAACUUAUAUUACCUCUAGUUGCUAUUUUAAAAUUACUUUUAUUCAAGACUGAUUGAAGUAUUUUGCCUAUCUAAACUAAAAAUUGAGGCACUGCUGAACUUUUAGGAUCCAAGAUUUAUACAAAUUUAGUGAUUUAUAUUUAACAAUUAUGAGUUUUUGUUGUAAGAUAAUAAUAAAAAAUUACAAAAUAUUAUUUGCUUAAGUGAGAAAAUUCAGUAUGUAUUUUAAUUUUAUAUGUAAAUGGUUUCAUUUUAGUAAAAAAGUCAACAGCUUAAAUGACAACCUAUGUUUUUUAUUCAGUAUAAAAUUAUAAAAACACCAUACUUAAGUAGAUUUAUUGUGGUACUAAAAACAUUGUAAAUGAAAAUUCAAGUUUUCUAUCAUGCA